AUGCAACUCAAAGGAGCUCCCUAUUUUCCCCUAACUGUGAAGGCAGCUUUAGUGUACAGCAGCACUGGAAGGGUGGACUCGGGAGUCAACCUGCCAUCUAAAGGAACAGGUGGGUGGAGCGACUUGCGAGAUCACCUUCUGUGUUUGGACCCUCUGUCAACUGCGGACCAGACGACCGAUGCUACCGCCGACGAUACGACUACAACGCCGAAAUUUGUGAUUUUGCCACAAAUUAAUUACUCAUCAGCGGUUAUAGUGGUGGAGGACACCAUGAAGAGACAUCGGUUGUAA